UGCCUUGGCAAUUUCCUUCUUCUCAAUUAAUCAAGUCAGUCAUCACCUCGAAGGAGCUGCCUGCCAAACCCGGUCGCUCAGUGCAGUGACCUCAUCCACAGGCCAGCCAAGACCGCUUGUUCUUGCUGUUUAGCGGUCGAUCGUCGCCCCCAAUCCUUCUGGAAAGAGCGACAUCAUCAUUUCUGUUUACCUCAUUCGCCCCUUGAACCUCAUCAUAGAAGGUCAACCCCGUGAUCUUCUCUCGUUGUUGCCUCCGUCACAGCCUCUGAACCCAGAAGAGAAAGCACGCCUUGUGGAUCCUUGCAAUUACCCCCGUCAUCAAUUCAGUCUUACCUACGGAGUAGGUACCCUUCCUGAAUUCGGAUUUCGGGUAUUAAACCUUGGACUGCCCACUUCAGACUCUUCCAUCAACUUACAUCCCCCAAACACAAACUGACGGCUUUCUUGGUUUCCAUCGUCAGUUUGGCAUCUUCUAUUCCGAUAUCAUUUGGUCUUUCACUUAAAUCUGGUUUCCAAUCCACAAUCCGCACUUUUUUGUUUCACCUCGCCUACACCUACCUGCAUCCUUUCGUCAUACCAAGACAACUUGGCCCACAAUGAGACCAGACUUCGCAGUCGUGCUAUUCACACUCCUCACGUCGACGAUCGCGUCGGCCACCCAUGCACCCCGUCGCAUAGAACGCAGCGACAUAGAGGGCCCCGAGUCUGGGAAAGCCCCUUGUUAUGGGCAAGGCUGUUGUUAUAGGCAAGACUGUUCUAAACACCCGCUUUACAAGCGCCGUGGCGGCGGCGGUGGUGGAGGCCGCGGAGGUUCCAGCGGCGGAGGUUCAAGAGGAUCAUCUGGCAGCGGCAGCAGAGGUGGGAGUUCCCGUGGAAGCAGUGGAAGCGGCAGCAGUCGCGGAAGCAGCAGUAGUGGUAGUGGUUCAAGAGGCUCAUCAUCUCGUCCAGGUUCCUCAUCAGGCAGCGGUGGCUCCCGCAGCUCCGGCGGCGGCGGCUCUCGCGGCGUCGGUCCGCAGCCCAGCUUCGCGGGCGGCCGAUACUACCCCGGUGGUUCUUCAAAACCUUACAGGUCCGGCGUCUCAAGUCCCGGAAGAAUUGCCCCCUUCGCUCUAGGUGGUGCAGCUCUGGCAUUCUGGCCUGGCGUUUGGCUCUACGGUGCAUACAUGUAUCCUUACUCGCAUCCCUACCAUUACCACAACGACACCAGCGAUGAGGACGAAGAGCGCGACGUCCUCUGUGGAUGCUCGCGAUAUGAGUAUUGUGCGUGCGACGACAACAACAGCACCCAAUACUUCGACGAACUCAUCGGAAACGGAAGCUACGACGCACUUAACAAGUCCAUCGUCAAUGUUGCAGAGGUCAACGGCACAAUGACAAUCCUCAUCAACGGAACUCUGCCCAACGACACAGCCCUCCCCGACGAGGAUGCAUCAGAGAAUGGAGCAUUGUCAAGACGGCAAUUCCCAUCAUUCCACCAUGCUGAGAAUGUCGGCAAGGGUAUCAUGGGGAUGGUCAUCGCGGCAAUAGUAAUGAAUGCCCUCUAGUGGUUGCUCAUCAUAUUCUCGACUGUUGUUAUAGCGAUACUUUAUAUCAAGGGUCACAGAAACCGCCCAAACCGCGCGAACCGUGCAAACCGCGCAAACCAGGUUGCGCAAGUCUAAUGAGUUUAUGGAUUUCACGGUGUUAUUGAUGGCGUUAAUACCCAACGGGGAGGAUUCCUCUGCUAUUAGAGAGUGGCACUAUUGACUUCAAAAUCCUUUGUACUUAUUAUUGUUAUUGAAGCAUUCAAUAUUCGUCAUGCAUUGCACGACGAACGGAACUUGUUAGAAAUACACUGUAUCCUUUUCUCAACACUAGUCCCAUGAAUGGCGUACCGUUCAUGACUACAUCAACAGGCCUCUCAGUGUGACAUCCACAGCAUUAAUAGAGGAAAACAAUCAAGGCAGACUCCAUCUCCUCACAUCAUCCCUGCGCAAGCUUACAUCACUGUCCAACUCAAUUGCCCCCAAUACACCUAUGGUGCCACG